GUCAAGCUGCAUCCGUUUCACAUUAACAUAUCAUCAUGUGCUAUAAUAUGAAUGACUUCCGUCUUUGAUAUCGGAUUCUCUCAUCUCCAUGACAUAGCCGUACGCUCGCUCCUCGAUAGCGCAGCGAAAACUGUUGGAACUUUGUUGAACGCUAAUACCACUCUGCAUCUUCGAACUGAAUAAACGUAUAGGUAGGCUAAGUAGAUUUCACUGGUACUGAUUGCAGCGGUCGGUCUCGAGAGGUGCUCGGAACGAGAUCGGAAUCGUCGGAAAUAACAUCUCGGGAAAAGCAGCGCGCAACAAGCGCGUCACCAUCCAAUCCCCCAUCGCAAUCCUACCACGCUGCAUCCCAAAUGAACAUCUCGGGCACUUUAAACGUCUUUCGAUUGAUUUGGAACCCGACUCUAUGUCUCCCGCAACACACAGUUUCGACAUUCAAUCAUCUACCUAUUCCCCUGUCGAAAGCCUUCAGGAAGGAUGGGGUCAACGAGCAGAAAGAGGUUGACAUCCAAGCUGUAGUGCUCGACAAAGACAACUGUUUUGCUGUUCCACAUACCGAUGAGAUUCACAAGCCAUAUGAAGAUCAUUUCCAGCGCCUGCGACGCGCUUAUCCAGGCACGAAACUCUUGAUAGUGUCUAACACAGCUGGCACAUCAUCAGAUAAAGACUAUGCGCAGGCCGAUGUCUUGGAGGCCAACACCGGUGUCAAAGUGUUGCGACAUUCCACCAAGAAGCCUGGCUGUAAAGAAGAGGUGAUGGCUUACUUCAAGGCGCAUCCAGAAUCUGGUGUGACCAGACCAGAUCAAAUUGCAAUAGUAGGAGAUCGCCUGUCUACGGACGUCAUGAUGGCAAACCUCAUGGGCGGAUAUGGGGUAUGGGUCAGAGAUGGAGUACAGGGACGGGGUUUUUUUGCGAGGGUUGAGGAUAGGCUGCAGAGCUUCCUCUUCAGGAGAGGAUACGCUGCGCCUGAUCCUAGCCGGAAUCAGUUCGAGUAAUGCAUGAGGUAGCAUAACCGUAUUAAGCAGAAAGAAUACGCAUCUGCUUGUUUGACAAACGAUUCGGAUCCGAGCGACAAACCACUAUUUCUUCUACUGAAUUCCAUC